AGGUUGCAUACUGAUAAACCUGAUCAGAUUCAGAUCAAACGCUAAAGAGAGAGAGAGAGAAAUUACCAUUCAAAUCUUAAGUUACGUACGCAGGACACAACACCAACGACUUUCACCAGUCACAAGAGCAUAAACCCGAGAGGUUUCGAGAGAGAGAGGGAGAGAGUAGGAGAUGUCGUGCUUGGCGUCGUGCUGUGCAACUUUGACCUGCGGACUCUGCUCCUCAGUGGCCUCUGGGAUCACCAAGCGCUCGGCCAGGCUUGCUUACUGUGGUCUCUUCGGUCUAUCGCUAAUCGUUUCCUGGAUUCUCCGGGAAGUCGCAGCUCCUCUCUUGGAGAAAAUCCCAUGGAUAAACACUUCUGCCACUGAAUCAAAGGAAUGGUUUCAAAUACAAGCAGUUCUUCGUGUGAGUUUUGGGAAUUUCCUGUUUUUUGCAGUAUUUGCUGUUAUAAUGAUCGGUGUAAAGGACCAAAAUGACAGACGUGAUUCAUGGCACCAUGGUGGAUGGGUUGCCAAGAUGGUGAUCUGGCUUUUGCUUGUAGUCCUCAUGUUUUUUCUUCCUAAUGUCGUCAUUUCAAUCUAUGGAAUUGUAUCAAAAUUUGGAGCAGGGUUAUUUUUAUUGGUUCAAGUGAUUAUCUUACUAGACUGUACACACUCAUGGAAUGACGCAUGGGUUGAGAAAGACGAGCAGAAGUGGUAUAUUGCUUUACUUUCGGUGUCAGUUGUAUGCUACAUUGCAGCAUUUGCAUUCUCAGGAAUUCUGUUCAUUUGGUUCAAUCCUUCUGGCGAUGACUGUGGCCUCAAUGUCUUCUUCAUUGUCAUGACCAUGAUUCUGGCGUUUGUAUUUGGUAUUAUUGCAUUGCAUCCUACGGUGAAUGGCAGUCUCUUGCCUGCUUCUGUGAUAUCUCUUUAUUGUGCUUACGUGUGCUACACGGGUCUCGCCAGUGAACCUCGUGACUAUGUAUGCAAUGGUCUGCAUAGUAAAUCAAAAGCCGUCACCACAAGCACUCUUAUACUCGGGAUGCUCACAACAGUUCUGUCUGUUCUAUACUCUGCUCUUCGUGCUGGAUCUUCGACAACAUUUCUAUCACCACCAUCUUCACCCAAGUCAGGUGAGAAGAAACCUCUUCUCGAAGCAGAAGAGUUGGAAGAAGGAAAGGAAAAGAAGAAGGAAACAGAAGCACGUCCAGUUAGUUAUUCCUAUACCUUUUUCCAUCUGAUAUUUGCUUUAGCCAGCAUGUACUCAGCUAUGCUUCUCUCUGGGUGGACCGACUCAUCUGAGAGCUCUGACCUGAUAGAUGUUGGCUGGACAUCAGUUUGGGUUCGGAUCUGCACAGAGUGGGUUACCGCCGUGCUAUAUAUCUGGUCUCUUGUUGCUCCUCUGGUUUGCCAUGAUCGCGAGUUCUUUUAGUCUUCCUGUUCAUGAUAUAUCUAGCAUCCAGUAUCUGAUUUUUUUUCCUUUUUGGGGGUUGGAAAAUGAAUAAAGAGACGAGGAGAGGGAGAAGUGGUGCUAGGGCUGUCAAGUGUUGUAUCUUUAUUGUACUUAGGUUUGCAUAUAUGAUAUACACAAUUAUGGAACACAUUUUGCUGAGAAAUCAGUGUCUGCCAUGUGAAUUCUAGUGUCAAAACUUCUUUUUUC